AUGCUAAGGGAACCACUUGGUCCCACACUGCGUGCUUCAACACCAGAAAACAGAACGAAACUCCUGGCGUUGCCACCAGUCAAUUCUCCGGUGGAUAUUCUCGAUAACUUGCCCCUAUUGAAAUAUCUCGCAUAUCAAGCUGAUGUCGAUGGACACUCCCAAAGCUUUAAUGCCUAUCUCAAGCAAACAAUCAUCGAUGUGCUCCCUGACACGGCGUCGUUGAUCUCAAUCAAAUUAAAUGAAUCGGCACAAAGUAACUUAGCUAAGGUCGAGAUGGACCACGUUGUCUUGAUUUUGACAGUAAAUCUCAUCUUUGAAGCUGACGAUUGCACUUACCAAGAGGGUAACACCGACAGUGUUCUCAAGAUCCAACAACUACUCAAAAAAUUAUACCACUUGGUUGAUUACAUGGAUCGUCCCGGUGUUGCUGAGAUUGUUUCUAUUUUGUUCCCCAACACCUUCACCUAUCCUGAGCAAUUCGAAUUGAUCCUAGAUAGCUUCAGCAGCUUGAAGAAAGAAUCACUAACACCUAAGCAAUAUGCUAUGUUUGCUAUGGGUCAGGUCCGCGGUAUGAUCAUGUUACUUUUGAAUUUCCUCCCGACUUUGCUCUUCACCAAUGAAGACGACAUCGCUGCUUGGAAAGCUUUCCAGCACUUGAGUAACUUCUACCAGCCACAGAGAAUUCCGACUCCUCAAUACCAACUCGACAGUACUGUUGGCUUAGAGUGGGAUCAAUUUAAGCCACCACUGGACUCCAAGUUGAUUAGUAACUACAACUUAAUCGAGGAGGGCGUUGAAAACAUUUUCGAAAGCUCCGGUUCAGAAUCCGCUGAAGACCCCAAGGAGGACACUGAUGAUACUUCCGCAAUCUCAAAACAUCUCCAAAAAGGCAUUGAUUCACUCACACACUAUGUUACCCGUCUCAUCAAUGAUCAUCCCGCCUGGUUCCCUCCCAUCUUCGGCCCUAUGGUUUUCCACUCUAUCGAGCAUACCUUUCGGUCUUUCCAAGACUUUUCAAUUUUGAACAAAAACGGGGGGAAUAUCUUUUUUAAUGCCAUAAACUCUAUUUUCCUCCACUUCGAGUUGGUUUCAUGUCCAAAGCUUAACAAGAAUUGCGUUUGCAUUUUGAUUAUGGUGGCAUUAUAUUCAACUUUGGACAACGUACUCUAUGAGCAGAUCAAGUUGAUGGGACCUGUGGCUCUAUUGUCUUCUGAUAUCAUGUUUUCUUGUGCCGUGGUAAGACUGGUCUUGAGCAAUUUCAAGAAAAAGAAGCCCUUUGUGAAACAGAUUCCGUUUGGCGAGAUUACUACAGUUGGAUUUGGGACAUUCAAAGUCGUCGACGAUGUCGGGUGUUCGUUUAAAGUGAACGCUUUCUACUCACCCGACAGUCUCGGGAAAUCCCUUGCCCUCGAUCCUCACUCCAAUGAAGUAGGGGUAAAGAUGCUGGAGGCAUUGCCCAUCAUGAUAUCUCUCGAUCACAUUAAAAAGCAUUGUGAUCCAGUGGUGGAUGUCAAUGGCAAACUCUAUUUUAAACAUAAAGGCGAGGGCAGAGUUCACACCUUGAGACGAGGGGGUUAUUAUUAUGUGCCAUUGAAGCAACUGCAUGAACUAGUGGUUACGAUCCAGAGUUUGGAGACUGUUGAAAAACGUUUGUGGAAAAACUUGGCUAUCAUGAAUUCGAAGAAUUGGAAGAUCACUUACCCAGGUGUGGCAGAGAUGCUUGACGAGCUUCAAUAUGGAGGGUAG